AUGUUACCUUCUGUAACUUCAAUGAAAGAGUUCGAAACAUAGCCAUUGGUAAGAAAAAUCAUGAAAUCUUAAUUUGAAAGCCCUAAAAAAUCUAGUAAUAGCACUCACGAGAUUAUUCACAAAUCUUGUAAAUCUUCUUAUCAAUAAUACAGAAAAUAAAGAAAUCAAUAAGAGACUAUUUAGGUUCAGAAAUUAUUCUUUAGGAACCAACCCAGUUCAUCAAGGGAGACGCCUCCCUCUUUUCUAAUAACUCGACACUUUGAAAGAAGGCCUGAAGUCAAAGAGUCCACAAUCCAAGAAACAAAAUAUUAAGAAACAAUAAAAUUUCACAAAGGAAUCUUACAAUAGGAUUAGAAUUAAAGAGAUAAUAAAUUGGUUAAGAGUUAUUCUAGAUUCCGUUUACAAGAGAACGUUUGCCAAAGACAAAUAAUCACAUCUCAACAUUCUUAGAGAAUUAAAACAACCACUGAUUAAGACUGCCGAUUUUUUGUUUAAUAAAAUGGGAUGAAAUAGAUAGUCAUCGUAAAUUAGUUGUAUCUGAACACAAAUACUUUGUAGUAUAUCUUUAUGUAUGUACCUGAUCACUCUGUUAAGGACAAGCAUUUAUUCUAAGAAUUUGUGGCCGUGGUUAAAAAUAGACUGAAGAUUAAUUCCAAGAAAUUAUAUUUCUAUUUGAAAGAUGGAACCCCCAUUUACUCUCAUCUUGAUAUUCCAAUCAAUUAGAGUCUUCUUAUUUAUUCGACCUCUACAGUCUACAAGGAAAUAUUCAAUCCUUAAUUAUUGUACCUUGAGAAUUGUUGUAAAUAACACCAAUGCGAGUAAUCAAUAAGAAGAACAGAACCUGAUUAUUCACAUCACGUUGAUGGCAUAAUAAACACACUUAUUUAUUAGAAUUAUCAAGCAGUGGAUCAAGAAUAUAGAAUAGAAACAAUGCCUGAGGAGAUUGAAAUCACUUAAGAGUUUUUGACAUCAAAGGAAUUGAAACAUUCAUAUGCUGAAAUCAAAAGAAAUUCUAAUUUCACACCAAUAAUAAACUAGAUGUGUAGAACUAACAAGACUACAAAGUAAAAAAAUUAGUAUCAAGAAUAUAUGUCAACAGAUUAUAUAGUAAAGAAUCCUAAGAUUGAGAAGUUAGAAAAGAUUGAAGGAUGGUAUGAUUAAGAAUUGAAGAAAAUCAAGUUUAAGGAGGAUGAUAAUCAAAAUGAAGAUUUGAUGGCUAUUCACGUAGAAUAAGUAUCAAGUUAAAGAUUUAUAGAAAAUCAAAUUUAAUAGGCUGCUCAACUUCUGGAACCUCUAUUAAAGAAGUUCUUGCAUAGAAAAGCCGAUAUUUGUGCUGACGAAGCCCCUGAAGUUAAUUUUAACAAUGACCAAAAGGAGUAAAUAAGAAAUUCAACCAAUUUUAUAGAGAAGAACACAUAAGAACUAAUAACUAAGAAAGGAAGCUUGCAUAAAUUAUUGAAUAUCAAUAAGGAAUUAUUUAUUCAAGGAAUUCCCAAAAUAUUGAAAGACACUAAUUUUUCGAGAUAUGAGUUGCAUAACACUUACAUUUUAUUUUGUGCAUUAUAACAAAUUACAUCCUAGAGAUAUCGAUACUACAAUGUAGAAGAUGGGGUUGAUUAUGACACCUAUAGAACAGGGAUAUACUAGAUUUUCAUGUAAAGUGAGUUUCUGGCAUAGGAAAUUUUCAACAAAAUAGAUUUUAACUAUAGUGGAUUCUUGAAUUGGAAUGAAUUUUUGAAAUUGAUGGUUAGUAUAAGGGCAAAAACAUUAAUUGAAAAGUUAGAUCUUUUUAUUUAAAUAUCUGAUUAAGAUGGGAAUGGGUAAUUGUGUUGGGAUGAGAUCUAUCAAUUAUCUAAAGUUUGUUUGGCAAAAUACAUUUAGAAUACUGAUGAUUUUUUGGAUAUGCUUUGUGAAUAUUAUACAAGAUUGAUAUUUAAGGUGGUAGGCAAAGAACCUCAUGAGGAAAUUCCAUUCUCUGCAAUUAAGUAGGCUAUUUUAGAUCAAACGGAAGAUUCAGAUUUAUUAUGUAUGUUUUGUGGAGCUGAUAUUUGA